AUGGCUUCGAAACUCUCGACGACCCCCGGCGAGAUUCUUCGCGAGGGGCAGCUGGAGAAGCGAAGCGACAGCCUGUUGCAGCUCUGGAAGAAGAAGCGCGGCGUGCUCACCGACGACCGCCUGCGCCUCUUCUCCCGGUCCAGCGAGCGAGCUAAGGAGCUGCGCUUCCACUCCAUCCUCAAGGUGGACUGCGUGGAGCACACCCGCAAGCAUGUGUACUUCACCAUCGUCACCAUUGACUAUAAGGAGAUCGACUUCCGCUGCACCGAAGAGAGCUGCUGGAACGCGUUCAUCACCCUGGCGUUGAUCGAGUACCAGAACCGUCGGGCGUUGGAAGGCUUCCGCCGCCACCGUCUCCUGCCCAUCGCGUAUGAAGAGCAGGAGGAGUCCGAAGAGCCGCGCUCCCCGAGUCCGUGGUGAGUGCCGCCUUCGUCC